GUAUAGCCACUGUUGAUAGCGGAGAGGAUAGGCCCUGGGUCUCUCUUUCUCUCUGCCUCUGCUACAAAUCGCCAAACCUGGCUGUUCAUGCUUGUUCAUACCAGUUUGUUGAAGGGAGGAACAUAAAUAAAUAUAUAAUGAUUAAUUGUGUUGUGUUUGGAAACAAUUAUUACAUCUCCUCCAUCAGCUCCAUUUCUACAAUCACCAGUACUAGUUGUAGAAGGCGUAGUAGGUUGGGUCGUUUCAAGAGUCGAGCUUUCCUCAACAAACCCCCCUUGCCCUUGUUUCCGAAACAAGACGCCGAUACAUCAUCAGUUGUUCUCGACAACAGUCUCAGGCUCCUCGAAUGGGACAAGCUCUGCGACUCCGUCUCUUCCUUCGCCUCCACUUCCUUCGGCAAACAAGCCACUAAGGCACAACUAUGGUAUUUGAAUCAGACCUACGAAGAGAGUAUGAGACUCUUAGGCGAGACCAAUGCGGUUGUUGAAAUGCACAAGCAUGGCGGUUGCGUCAUGGACUUCAAUGGCAUUGAUGUUGUCUUGGUGAAAUCUGCUAUCCAACAUGCUCAAAGGGGUUUGCCAGUCAAUGGAAGUGAAGCAAUGGCUAUUGUAGCUUUGCUACAGUUUGCUGAAAAUUUGCAGUUAAAUCUAAAAGCUGCAAUCAAAGAAGACACGGAGUGGUAUCAGCGCUUCAUGCCCCUUGCUGAAAUGAUCAUGGAAUUGGUUGUAAGUCGAUCAUUAGUAAAGUUCGUACAGCAACUUAUAGAUGAAGAUGGCUCUGUUAAAGACUCUGCAGUAUGUUCUUCAUUUCCUCAUAGUUCUGCCUUGAAACGAUUGCGUGAUCAAGUGAGAAUGCUUGAAAACAAGUUAUACCAGUUGAUGGACAGCCUAAUUAGGAACAAGAUGAAAGAGACAUCCACUGUAGAAGUGAGUAAUGUUGAUGGAAGAAUGUGCUUAAGAUUGGGAGCUGAUUCACCUACAAGUUUUGAGGGCUUAUUGUUGUCCAGUGGUUCAGGUGGUGGAAGCAUUGUAGAGCCACUCUCUGCUGUUCCACUAAAUGAUGAAUUGCAGCAAGCAAAGGCAUCAGUAGCGAAGGCAGAGGCAGAUGUGCUGUUAAAGAUAACAGAGAAGAUGCAAGGUGAUCUUGGUGACAUCGAAAAUUUAUUCAACAGCAUGAUUCAACUGGAUGUGAUUAAUGCGAGAGCAACCUACAGUCUUUCAUUUGGAGGCACAUGUCCUGAUCUAUUUUUACCAGAGGCCAAAGAUGGAGGUCUUGCCCUUGAUGCCUUACUAGGGAAUACAAAUUUAACGCCAUCAUACCUAACUGAGAGGAAAUGGACAUUGUAUCUUCCGAGAGCUUAUCAUCCUUUAUUACUUCAACAGCAUCGACAAAAUCUGCGAAAGGCCAUGAAAGAUGUCAGUAAUGCUACCGCUGAAAUUAGAAGGAGAAAGCUGCAAGGGGAAAAUAUGACCCAGAGAGAAGAAACAGACAUAAAUCUGUCAGCCUUGGAAAUGCAGGUUACUAAAUUGAAACAAGCUCAUCCUAUUCCCGUUGAUAUUUUUGUUGCUCAGAAAACUAAAGUUCUAGUUAUAACCGGUCCCAAUACCGGAGGGAAAACCAUUUAUCUAAAGACAGUUGGGUUGGCUGCUGUGAUGGCCAAAUCAGGUCUUCAUGUAUUAGCUUCUGAACCUGUGAAGAUCCCUUGGUUUGAUUCUGUAUUUGCUGAUAUUGGUGAUGAACAGUCCUUGUCACAAUCUUUGUCUACCUUCUCCGGCCAUUUGAAACAAAUUAGCGAAAUUCUGAAGCACUCAACAAGUCGAUCGUUAGUGCUAUUAGACGAAGUAGGUGCUGGGACAAAUCCCCUUGAAGGAGCUGCACUGGGGAUGUCACUACUGGAAUCUUUUGCUGAAUCUGGUCCUUUAUUGACCAUAGCCACAACACAUCAUGGCGAACUCAAAACCCUCAAAUACAGUAAUGACGCAUUUGAGAAUGCUUGUAUGGAGUUUGACGAAGUGAAAUUAAAGCCAACUUAUAGGAUUCUCUGGGGGGUACCAGGACGUUCAAAUGCAAUUAAUAUAGCUGAAAGGCUGGGACUACCCAACGUAAUUUUGGAUAUUGCUCGUAAACUAUAUGGUGCGGCUAGUGCAGAGAUUAAUGAGGUCAUACUUGAAAUGGAAAGGCUUAAGCAGAACAUACAUGAUCGCGUUUCUGAAGCACAGAAUUAUCUCAAGCUCUCAAGAGAGCUUCAUGAAAAUCUACUAACGACUAGAAGAAAGGUCAUGGAUCAUAGCACUGAUCAAAGAUACAUGAAGAUGCGAGAAAUUUCUGAGAUGGCAGCAAUGGCACGUUCUAUACUUCAGAAGAAAGUGCGACAAAUUCGAUCUGCAACUCAACCUUUCCAGCCUAGUGUAGCAAACAACAACCAACUUAAAUCCACAAUUAACAGCCAGCAUGCUGCAGCAGAUAAUAGUGAUUCUAGUGAACCUUCUAUAGCAACUAAGGCUGCAUAUUCCUCUGAUAAUGCCAGGCAAUCACCACUAGAGAAGGAGGCUAAACUGCCCAAUGUGGGUGAUAUGGUUCACAUUUCUUCCCUUAACAAGGAAGCUACUGUCUUAAAAGUGGAGCCAUCCAAAGAAGAAAUACUAGUUCAAGCGGGUAAAAUGAAGUUGAAGUUGAAACUGGUGGAUGUGACAACUUGACUGUACUUUGCACAGGAAUAUUCUUGCGAUAGGAUCACGUUCAGAGUUGUUAUUAGAAUACUGUAAGGAGACAUACCGUGAUAUCAAAAUCACAGGACAAAGGCACACAGAUACUUGAAAGAGAAUCAUAAACUAAUAGAAGAAUGACUCUUUGGACUUUACCAGGCAUAUCCAGUUCUAGAGGGUGCUGCACCCAAAACAAGAAAAAGGAAAAAGAAAAACAACAGAAUGCAGGUGUAUAUUGUGGAAGUUCUUCAAUUCUCUGGCUUUGAAUGAUUACAGCGAACUGGCUCAAAACCACGGGAUGUUCAUAACCAUAGCUUUUGCAGACAAUUUGGGUUCUUAGGUAGAUGCAGAAUCAACUGUGAUACUCUCACUAAACUCUGCUAUUUACAAGUCUGGAGGUAACAUUAUUUGGUAAUACGCUGGGACAUAGUUUUGCAACUGUGAAUUUUUUAUUUUCUUUAUUUCUUCCCCAAUUUGGGGUUAGUUCUGUGGUGUCAGUUUGACGAGGCACACAGAACAUCCAAUCCCAGAUUGCUAGUUGGAAAAAACAAACCAUCUGUAUAUUUAUAUAUUUGUUUUAAAUGAUUGAAGGGUAGAUAUUAAGGGUUGUUUUGAGAGC